AGCGGAACAAAAACACAGGUUUCCAACUUGCUCAGUGCAGAAACAAGGCUCUACACUUUGACACAGUAUGAAAAUAUAAACUGGGCCGUCACGUUAUUCACAGACAUGUUCAGCCUGGAGACUUUUGAGCGUCAGAUAUCUGCUGUGAUGGAGACUGUGGUGGAGGCGGCGGUGACGGAGCUCGGCAGACUUUUGGAGAAGCGCUCGGCUAACGUCAUGGCCGCUCAGCAGCGUUCUGCUCCGCUAACGAAGAGCGAGGAGGAGGAGGAAGAGGAGGAGGAGGAGAGCGAGGUGACUCCACAGGGGGAGAGACACCUGUUUAACAAAGUUAUAACGAACCAGUUUGCAUCCCUCAUGGAAGCUUUGACCAGAAGUGCUGUAGACAAAGUGCUGAUGAUGUUGAAAGUGUCCCUGUGUGAAGCUGAGGACGGCCCUGCUGCAGAGGGAAAGCAGAGGGCCGGGCUGAACGACGAGGUGACACAGACGAACAUGAACCCAGCAGCAGGGCAGGUGGCCGAGCCCAAACAGCUUACAGAAUCAGCAUCCAGGAUUACUCCUCAGAAAAGAAAAAAAAACAAGAGAAGACCCAAACCAGCAACGACGAGGGGUGAUGACCACAUAUACCACAGAGAGCAGCGACAUCCUGAAGAACGAGCAGCAGCAGCAGCAGCAGCAAGUGACACAGACUCAGUGAUCAAACCUUCUGUUGCAGCCACACAUGAGAGUAACUCUGGGUCCCUGUCUGAUGCUGAAGCUUUGACUACGGAACUGGCCUCCAGUGUAGGUGAGGAAAAUGGCGUCCAGGUGGAUACAGGCACUUCAGCCCCCACGUCCAAAGUUAAAAAGAAGAAGACCACCGAGCCGCUGAAAUGUCCUUGUUGUGACAAAUCAUUCACUCUGAAGUGUAUGAUGGACAGACACUAUCUGACUCACUCCAAACCUCACCUGUGCUCUGAGUGUGGGAAACGGUUUUCAGGACAGCGAGGGCUCAUCGCACAUUCAAGACGUCACACCGGGGAGAAGCUUUACAAAUGCUCCGACUGUGGGACAGAGUUUGCUUACAAGAAUACCUUCGAGAGACACAUGCGUAAUCACAGAAUGAAGAAGCCGAGCACACAUACGUGCGCGCUGUGUGAGAAUCACUUCACCGGGCUGCUGGCGCUUCAGAGACACAGGUGUUGUGCUUUGAAAAAGACGUUUGUUUGCUCACUUUGUCCGGAGACCUUUGAAUGCAGACAGAGUUUGGCCGUUCACGAGAACCUACAUUCAGGAGACAGAGAUUUUGUAUGUGAAAUGUGCGGUGAGAGCUUCUUCUCGUCCUUGUCCUUGGCCACUCAUCGGGUGACUCACAUGCAAAAGGAAAACUGCUGCGACGUGCUCGGCCUCGGGUGCAGCGACUUGAGCGUCCUCAAAAAUCACCUGAGCAAACACACAGGAGAGAAGCCGUUCUGCUGCGAGGUUUGCGGUAAAGGUUGUAGUCACCAGAGCGCUCUGAAGCACCACAUGCUGACCCACACAGGAGAGAAGCCCUUCGUCUGCGAGACCUGCGGCAAACGCUGCGGCCACGCUAGCGCGCUUCAGAACCACCUGAGGAUCCACACGGGGAAGAAGCCCGGUCAGCAGCCGGUCUGCAAUGUGUGCGGCAAAAAAUUCCGCCGCACGGUCAAUCUCAAAUAUCACAUGAGCAUCCACACGGGGAUGAAACCUUACGCCUGCGACCACUGCGAUAAAAAGUUCAGCAACCCCAGCAAUCUCAAGUUACACAUGAUGAUUCACUCGGGGGAGAAAAUGUAUGGCUGCAACAUCUGCGGCAAGAGGUUCACUCAGGCCAACAGCCUCAAGCUGCACAGACGCGUUCACACAGGAGAAAAGCUAUACUGCUGCAAAGUCUGCGGGGAGGGAUUCAUACACUGCAGCGACUUCAGGAAACAUCAGAGGGGUCACAUGCCAGAUGAGCCAGGAGAUGGUCAGCCUGAAGAGACUGCUGUGAAAAUCUAAAACAUUUCAUCGCUGUAUGGUCACUUCAUGUACUUAUACGUUGACUAAAUGUGCACUGGAGACUGGGCUGGGCUGUGUGACAAUAAAUACCGUGAGAUAAGA